CUUGUCCAAAGAGGAUUUUGUGCUUUGGAGUUUCCCCAGGGAGAGGUGGCUUUUGCCUCCAUCACCCACACACAGGCAGCUGGGUUCUUCCCAACGAGUGAUCCCUGCAGCGCCGCCAACACCAAGACUCUAAAGGCAAGAAGCAGAAGUCAAGAGAAAGCCCUCAAAUUCCACCUCAAAACACCCAUUGCUUUGGCUGCAAAGUGAGCCGAGAUGGGGAACAUGGACGGGAAAUCCGUGGAGGAGCUGAGCACCACCGAGUGCCACCAGUGGUAUAAGAAGUUCAUGACGGAGUGUCCUUCGGGCCAGCUCACCCUCUAUGAGUUCAAGCAGUUCUUUGGCUUGAAAAACCUGACUCCUGCUGCCAACAAAUACGUUGAGCAAAUGUUUGAGACGUUUGACUUUAACAAGGACGGCUACAUAGAUUUUAUGGAGUACGUGGCAGCUCUGAGUCUGGUCCUCAAAGGGAAGGUGGAUCAGAAGCUGCGGUGGUACUUCAAGCUCUAUGAUGUGGAUGGGAACGGCUGCAUUGACCGGGGAGAGCUGCUGAACAUCAUCAAGGCUAUUCGAGCCAUCAACCGGUGCAACGAAAAGAUGACGGCUGAGGAAUUCACAAACAUGGUGUUUGACAAAAUCGACAUCAAUGGAGAUGGUGAGCUUUCCCUGGAAGAGUUCAUGGAGGGCGUGCAGAAGGAUGAGGUGCUGCUCGACAUCCUCACCCGCAGCCUGGACCUGACACACAUCGUCCGGUUGAUCCAGAACGAUGGGAAGAACCCGCACGAGCCGCAGCAGGAGGCAGAGGCUGCCCAAUAGGCUCCCGGGAUGCCUUCCCUUCCUCUCUGCUUCCCC